AUGACUUUCGCGAGCCCAGACCCAGACGCGAGCCCUGCGGCCGGCGCCCUCGAUGCGUAUACCGCCAACCGCCGCACUUAUCUGUUUCUUCUCCGCCGCCAGACCCGUCUCCUGAUCUUCCUCCUCGCAACCCUCGAAGCCGUUUGGCGUGGCCCCGUUGAGAUCGCCUUCAGCAAGAACUUCGACCCUAGCAUCGACCAUGGCUUCGUUUAUACUGUUGGCUACAUCCUGAGCUAUAUCUACACAUGCGUCUUUGUCGUUGUAUGGGGUGCUCUUUUCGAGUGGUGGGUUCCUGUCUCAUCUGAGCCAUCGCCCACUCUUGAGUCUGUAUCAUCCAUCCUGAACAGCAUCAAUAUGUGCCUCAUCCCCACCGCUAUCGGCAUCACUCUUGCUAUGUGGGGCAUGAUGGUGGCUUUCACUCUCGUCGCUAAGCACACCACCCCACUGGUCCACACCUCUCGUGCCCGCCAGCUCAUUGCCAUCGCCUGCACCACAGCAUGGUCCACUGCGUUCGGUUAUUUCGCGCUGGAGCACCUCUCGCGUGUCGGCGUCGCUCGCGUUCGCUGGGAGAUGGAUGCUUGGGUUUUGCUGCCCAUCGCCGUCAAUAUUGGCAUUGCCAUCGGGACUGCUAUGAUCAGCAAGCUGGAGCGCAAGCGUAUCGCCCGCGCAGAGGCACACGACCACGACACCGAGCGUGCCAUCUCCGUCCAGGAGUUUCUUGCUGAGGAAAAGCGCCCACUUAUGGACGUCUAG